AUGUCGGUAAUCGUUGUCGAUGGCUUUUACAAUCAAGUAACAACGCGCAACUAUAACAGCGAUACACUAAGUUUAUCGUGUAUCAUGAUCGAUUUGAAUGUGUCCCUACCUCUUAGUUCUGGUGCGAAUGAGAAAGACAGUGUGUAUUUGUGUGCUUGUGCAUUGGUUGCUCUGCCUCGUGGGCUUUGGUGCUGUCGACGAGCAGGUCUGCGACAAACUCCGGCAAGCGGAUUGUCCUCAAAUGGUGAGCGCUUUUAUGAGCGUAACAUUACUAUAAAUUCAAAGCGCGGUGCCCACUGGUUGACAAUGGGGGACGCAAUGGUUGUGGUAUCUUGGUUUGCCGCUGGUAGUGCUUCAUACCAUUUCGUAGCCGACUAUAACUGGGGCGUACCUAGUGCUUCUCCCAGUGAUAUGGACCUGCAUAUUGGACAAGCUGGCUUGCAACUUGGAAAUGCAUGCUGGGAAUUAUUCUGCUUGGAACAUGGAGUUAGACCAGAUGGGCGACCCAAAACAAAGUCACAUGAGGAUUUGGGAGUAUUCUUUCAUGAAGCCCAUAAGGGCAAAUUUGUUCCCCGUGCUGUUUAUGUAGACUUGGAACCGACGGUCGGGGAUGAAGUCCGCAAUGGAACAUAUCGCCAGCUGUUUCAUCCAGAACAAAUUAUCACAGGCAAAGAGGACGCAGCCAACAACUAUGCACGUGGCUACUACACCGUCGGUCGCGAGAUGUGUGAUCUAGUGCUUGAUAGGAUUCGAAAAUCUGCAGACCUGUGCGAUUCACUACAAGGCUUUUUCUUUUACAAUGCGCUUGGAGGCGGCACUGGAUCUGGUCUAACCGCACUGCUUAUCGAACGACUUGUCAUAGAUUAUGCGAAGAAGGCCAAACUGCAAUUUCUGAUCUACCCAUCACCUUUGGUCUCCUCGGCUGUGGUAGAGCCGUACAACUCACUAAUGACCACUCACACUACUCUGGAGCAUACGGAUUGCUCAUUCCUGGUCGAUAACGAGGCUAUUUAUUACAUGUGCCAAGCCAAUUUGGAGUUAAUGAAGCCAGGUUUUCCCAACCUUAACCGUCUCAUUGGUCAAGUGGUCAGCUCCAUCACCGCCUCAAUGCGGUUUCCAGGUAGCUUGAAUGUGAAUCUACAAGAAUUCCAAACAAAUCUGGUUCCCUAUCCACGAAUUCAUUUUCCGCUCUCAUCGUACGCUCCACUUCUACCGGCCUCUCAACAAUUCAAUCGUGAAAUCUCGGCUCCCCGGCUAUUAGUCAGAUGCUUCCGCCCACAAUCCUUGAUGGUGACAUGUAACCCACGUCAUGGAAAAUACAUGGCAUGCUGUGUACUGUUUCGAGGUAAUGUAAGUGGUCAAGAGGUCCAAGAUGCCAUAAGACACGUCAAGAAACAACGAACAAUUAAGUUUGUCGAUUGGUGUCCAACAGGAUUUAAAAUCGGAGUUAAUACACAGCCGCCAACUACCGUGCCUGGUGGUGACCUGGCCAAAGUAAACCGGUCAGUGUGUAUGAUCAGUAAUUCGACGGCAAUCGCAGAAGCUUGGACCAGGUUGAACCACAAAUUUGGCUUGAUGUACGCUAAACGAUCGUUCGUACACUGGUACGUGGGUGAAGGUAUGGAAGAAAAUGAGUUUACAGAAACCAAAGAGAACCUAACUGCGUUGGAAAAAGAUUAUGAAGAAGUCGGGAUGGAAACUAACCUAAAUUGAAACCACCCACUUUGAACAAAACCCGAUGGCACCACAACAGUUUAUUUCCUCUACCCACUCGGUGUACGCUUAAACUCGCGAUCCUGUUCUUCACUAUCUACAAUUCCAUCUCCUGAAGACCUGAUGGAUUGAUCCGCAAUUCCGCACCCGUGCGGAAGUCAUUCCGUUUUACCCAUUUUGUGUUCCUGUUUCCUCAAACCGUCUGUUGUCUUGGCCAAAAGACAACGACACCGUUGAGUCUUUCAAAUCAACUUCAAAGUCUUUACCGUCGACUCGGCAACAAUUCAUGAAAUGCACACUCAACUCUACCGGUAUGCGACAGAGUUCAACAACUGUACUUCUGACACGCUUGCGCGUGCCUCUCCUGUGAGAAUGGAGAGCGACAUCCUGCUUGGCGUGCUUUUUCGUCAAGCACAAACGCUUUAGUUCCUUCAACUUGACAAACUCCAAACCGCUUGGAUUUCGAUCGAGAAAAAAAACUUCGAUUUCCUAUGUGGUGUCUCACUCCAAAAAAACAAAUAAACUACAACCUUGGACGGUUGUUUAACGGAAG